AAAAAAUUUAAUAUAAGUAUGCCAUCAAUUACAAGACCUAGCCAGGGGUCUUGACAAUAGAGCAGAUCACAAAGUGCUGAUGUUUAGGUUGUGUAUUUCUGAUUUAGUGUGAUGUGCCAAUUGGAGCUCUGAUGCAUCAUCUCUAGCUGAUGGGGCACCAAUCCAAGUUACUCAUGCUAAACAAACCAUGGGAAAGAAUUUCUAUUGUUUAGUUGCUUCUACUGGCAAGAAACGACAAAGCAACAUUUACCAGGAUGCUGCUGACAAACGAUAAGACAGAAUUCUGAGAGCGGCCAUUAACAGGAUGUGGAGCCCUGUUGUGCUGAUGCUCAUUGGAAGCUUGAAGGGGCUCAGAUUAUCAGUAACAGUAUUUUAACACCUUUUGCAGGAAAUGCAGUGGACUGCUGUUAUAGCAAAGACAUCCUGAGACGGUUUAUUAAUUUGUAAUAAAUCAGUUUUGAGGAGAGAGCCAAGGCUGUUAAUGGGAAUUUGCACUUAAACAGAAGUGAAAAGUUCUGAUAAUGUUUCUUAACUAGUUUGUCUUUUCCAAUAUUCCCCUGUGUAAAGACUUUUCUCUGUGCUGUUCACUCUAAGUGUACCAUCUCAAUUUUCAUUUUUUUAGAUGUGAACUCUGUAAUAUGGAAAUAGCAAAAUACAGAUGCCCUCGAUGUAUGAAAUAUUCAUGCAGUUUGGCUUGUGUAAAAAAACAUAAAGCUUUAUACAGCUGUAAUGGAAUCAGAGAAAAGGCGGCCUUUGUUUCAGUGAAUGACUUCAGCAACUUAACUCUUCUAAGUGACUAUCGGUUUCUAGAAGAUGGGGGAAGAAUGACUGACCGGGCUGCUCGAGAUGCUAUUUCUCAUAAACCCAAAAGUAAUCGAUUUGUAAACUUUCUGAGAAACCGAGCUCGGAGGUGCAAGAUCUGCUUACAAACUCUACCAAUCGGCUUCACAAAAAGACGAGAGAAUUCUACAUUCUACAGCAAUAAGGAACAAAAGUUCUAUUGGCACUUGAAGCUCAUAUUUCCUCAAAGUCAUGCUAAAUUCACAGAACAAAGGGUACCAGAUGAUAAACCAUUGUGUGAUAUUUUGAAGACAUAUAUUGAUCCUCAAGAAUCUGAUCCUGUCAAGCGCCAAAGAUUAAAAAUCUACACAAUAUCUCCCCAGUCAGACAUACAAAUUUUGAUGAAAGUAGAAAAUAGGCCACAUAAUUCUAUCAGGUAUCAAGAAUUGGAUGCCAAUAAAAGCCUUCUAGACAAUUUGAAAGGGAAAGUUAUCAUUGAAUAUCCAACUCUGCAUGUGGUAUUACGGAAACUCACAGCAGAUAUGGUGAUUCUUGGCCAGAAUGUAAACAAAGAAAUCAAUAUAUCUAACGAAGACAUGAUUAAAGAAAAUUCUUCUGAGGAAGAAGGGGAAAUCCAUGAUAGCUCCUGAAGAUAUCAGUGGAAUGCAGAUUGGAGUAUUUUAUAUUACAUGUAUCAUUUUGAGGAGAUAUUUAGCAAAUAUAUUUGUUUUGAAUGUUAUUUUUUGUUUUUAAAAAAAUCAAAAUCUAUAAUCACUGAAAAAACAGUACAGAUUGAACAAAUAAAUUCAAUAAAGAUUAAAGGAUCAACUGCACAAUAGAAUUUUAUAGAAUUUGCAAGCUUGCUUUAUUUAUUUUUUAUUUUCACUUCUUGAUCUCAGUUAGUGUAAAUAUUUGUUGUAUGUUCAUGUCCCUAACCAACCUAGCUUCAAGAUCUUAUAGAUAUAUCAUAAAUACAUUAAAGAAUCAGGUAGCCACAACAUCUCUUUAUGCCACUCCUUGCUCUUAUUUUAAAGCACUUGUUAACUAUGCUAUAUAGUUUUAUCAUUUAUGGUUUUCAUCAUAUUCAAAUAUUUAGUCAGCUUUUAGAUUUACUGUGUGUUUUCUUUAUGUUAAAACCAUGUA